AUGUGUAUGCUCGUCGUCGAACCCACCACUGAUAUCACCACUAAUACCACCACUAAACCACCACCACAACACCCAUACCCCAUCACGCGCGGACUGUGCGCGCGUACUCGCACUCUCGCCGAGCUAGACGCACUUUACCCGAGCGUGGUGCCCAACGCCGGCGACGAGGGGGCCGACGACGCCGGUUCCGCGUGCCCGCGCCCGCCGCCUGCGGCGGUGACUGUACCGCUGCGGAGGCAUGAGGGAAGGGAGGGGGCUGGGGUAGGUGGGAUGCUGGAGAUGGGAAUACUGGAGAUGGGAUGCCAGGUGCGCUGGGUGGUGGUGGUGAUGGCGGUGGCAGUGAUGGUGGCGGCGGAGGCGGCGGUGAUUGCGGUAGUAGAUUGUUGA